GAAGAGUUUGAUACUAUAAAUAAUGGAGCAGGAAAACGCAAAGAAGCAAGUUGUAGAUAUUGUAUUCAAAAGUGGUCUCGAGGAAGAGCCUAUGAAAUGAAAUCACAUCUUGCGAUAAAAUGUAAAGGAAAAGUACCUAAAGAAGUUCGAAUUAAAUUGUUCGUAGAUACCUAUUAUGAUGUGGUAGAAGCAAUUGAUAAAUCUAAAGAAAAAAGAGCUAACCAAUCACUGAUUAAGUGGAUCGUGUCUUCUGGCAUUUCAUUUGCAGCCUUUGAUAAUCCUUACUUUGAAGAUUAUACCAAAGCACUAAAUCCCAGCUAUGAACCACCCAAGCAUACUGCCUUAGCAACAUUAAUUUUAAAUGCAAAGGUAGCAAACAUCAUAAUAAAAAUAGAUAAGGAGCUGUCUAAAGCUAAGAAUUUAACUUUAUGUAUUGAUAAUUUUUCAAAGAUUGCCUAUAUUGCAAAGUUUAUUGCUGAAAAAAUAAUAGAGGUAUUAGAGAGAAUCGGGCCAGAAAAAUUUAUAGCAAUAGUUUCUGAUGCUGAAUCGUCGAUGAUGGCGGCAAAACGACAAAUUGCACAAAAAUAUUAA